GAGGGGACUCUUACCUUCGCCCUCCCGCCCCGGGAGUGCUCGCGCCCACGCUCGUGCCCGCCGGCUCCCGCCGGUGACGCCUCUGCAUCGCUGUCGCCAUCAUGAUCUGCCUGGUGCUGACCAUCUUCGCCAACAUCUUCCCCUCAGCCUGGACCGGCCUGAAUGAGCGGACCUUCCUGGCUAUCAAGCCCGAUGGCUUCCAGCGGCGCCUUGUGGGCGAGAUCAUCCGGCGCUUCGAGAAGAAGGGCUUCAAGCUGGUGGGGCUGAAGCUGGUGCAGGCCUCCGAGGACCUCCUGAGGGAGCACUACUCCGCCCUGCGGGACCGGCCCUUCUACAGCCGCUUGGUCAAGUACAUGAGCUCGGGCCCCGUGGUUGCCAUGGUGUGGCAGGGGCUGGAUGUGGUGCGCUCUUCUCGGGCCCUCAUAGGAGCAACUAAUCCUGCCGACUCUUCCCCGGGCACCAUCCGAGGAGAUUUCUGUAUUGAAGUUGGCAAAAACGUCAUUCAUGGCAGUGACUCAGUGGAGAGUGCCCGCCGCGAGAUUGCCCUCUGGUUCCGUGCAGAUGAACUGCUCUGCUGGGAAGACAGCGCCGAUCGAUGGCUCUAUGAGUAGUUCGCCCCUGCGAUAGCUUCCUUAGGGUUACGACUGGGAAGAAAGGGGCAUUGCUUAUGCACCUGAACUUCCCUCCAGGUUCAUGAUCAAACCCAUUCCUCACCUUAAACUCCUAGUUUACAAACGGAGGCCCGAGUAAAACGUUCCAUAGGAAAAUUUUCCCCAGGCUGGCUCCUAGGUUGCCUUGCCUCUCAGAAGUACCUCUUGGUAAGAUGCGAGGAGGGGUUGGCUUUUUCCUGGUGAAAACAAUUACCUGGGAAUGGGGAGAUACUUACCUGAGAGCUGAACUCAGGCGACUUGGGGUACUGAGGCCAGUGGAGGUGUGGUUGAAUUUGGCUUCAUCUUAUGCUCCCUUGGGAGAUGGGGAAUAGGAGAUGUGUUUGGCAAAAAUAAUCAUUGGGUAAAUAUACUCAAUACACCUUGCUCUAGCAGGUUCUUAUCUGUCUGCAGGUUUAGUGGUGAGUAGAACUAGAACAGAAUUGUUUUGGUGUUGAGUCCUUCCUCUACCCCAGAAAUGCCUUUGGAGAACAGCACCAUUCCCCGAGCCUGGCAGUGACAGCCAUUCUUAGGGUAGCUGUAUGUAGGUUGGAAAUCCUCAAACCGAACCUGGGAGGCCAAGGGAACUCGGUGACCGUGGUCAUCCUGGGUGGUUGGGGUGGACGGGAUGAACAGAGGGAAUCAUCCAGCUCUGGUAGCCAGGUCAGGACCUGAAUUGAAGUAACUUUCCCUUUGAGGUGCAGCUUCUCCCUUCCCUUGGGCAGGAUGUUUAUAGCACAAAGGAAAUGCAACAGCUUUUAAAAUAAUAAAUCCUGUAAAAACCUU